AAUGGGAGUAUGUUCAAAUAAGAGUAAAAAAAGUAUGAACCAAUAUGAAGAGGUACAUAAUAUACUAAAUAGAUUAGUAAUAUAUAUAUUUAUUGGAUAUUCAACAUCCUGCUAAUGUGAAUCAUAAAUAUGCUAAUCAUUUUACUUUAAUUUAAAAUCAAUAUACGGGCUAAGGAAUUAGACGUACUCAUUAAUAUACUACCAUAUUAUCAAGAAUAGAAUGGGAAAACAAACAAAAUGAAUUUUGGGGUAGAGAAAUCAAGUUAUAUAAAGAUAGUUAUAAAGAUUCUAUGCAUUGGUCAAAUAUACGUAAAGCACUCUCAUAAGAUGAAGAAAGUACUUCUCAUCUUUUAGAUUUAGAGUCAUCUCUUGCUAUUUUAGCAUUGUGUAAAUUAAAAAUGAUUAGAAAUACAAUACAACUAUUGAUAUCAGAGAGUAUAAUAUAUUCUUUAUCAAGAACAAGAACUAUUUUAAGUUCCAGUAUUUAUUAUUAAUGAACCAAUUUCAUUGAAUAAUCAAUAGUUACUUCUAGAUUUUUAAACAUCAUAAUUGAAAGUAAUCUGUUACUCUAUUUAGGUGAGGAUACGUAGUAGUAAACUCCCUUAAGAUUUCUUAAUAAACAUUGAAAACACAUCUACUGUCCUUGAACUUAAAUUCAAAAUUUUAGAAGCUUCAAAAGAAAAAACCUGUCGACUUUAUCUUAAUGGCAAAGAAUUAAUAGAUCAAAAUUACUUAGGAAAUUAUAAAAUUACUUCAGGAACAGUACUAAAAUAAUUAACUUAGAUAAUAUAAGCUUUUUUGUGAUUAUAUAUUAAAAAUGGGUGGUAUUAAUUU